GAGAAAAAUGGCGUCCACAUGAAAAUUUUUCUGUUGUUGUCGAUGAAAUAACCAUUGAAUCGUGUAUAGUUUAGAUCCAAUUGCCGUUAAAUAACUAAAACAUUGUGAAUGAAUGAUAAUGGCGUUGCCGAGCAACUACAAGCAGAUAGCAGUGGGUGCGCCAACGGGCCCCGGACCGGUAACACCGCUCCAAGGCGGCAGCCGGUCUCGUUCGUCUGGCGGCGGUGGCGGUGGGGACCGGAACAAGGACCAAACGCCCAUCUUCACGCACAGCAACUAUGGUAAUCCGGCUUUCACACCACAAAAGGUGACGAAAUCAUCCAGCAGCAAGAACCAGAACGAAUCACGCCUGCCCAAGCCACCGAAGCCGCCAGAAAAACCCAUACUGCCCUACAUGCGGUACUCAAAGCGGGUGUGGGACAUGGUAAAGGCUCAAAACCCGGAGCUAAAGCUGUGGGAGCUGGGCAAAAAGAUCGGCGCCAUGUGGAAGCUGCUCAGCGAUGAGGAGAAAACGGAGUUCAUCGACGAGUACGAGGCGGAGAAGGUGGAGUAUGAGAAGGCGCUCAAGGCAUACCACCAGACGCCCGCCUAUCAGUCGUACAUGUCCGCCAAGAGCAAGUUCAAAUCAGAUGUGGAUAUGCACGAGACGCCGUCCCGCGGCGGUGGAAGCAAAUCCCAUGAGCGUCGCAUCGACAUCCAGCCAGCGGAGGACGAAGAUGACCUGGAUGAGGGCUACACGGCCAAGCAUAUGGCAUUUGCUCGGUAUCUGCGCAAUCAUCGCCUGAUCAAUGAGAUCUUCUCGGAGGCUGUGGUGCCGGACGUCCGAUCCGUGGUCACCACCACACGGAUGCAGGUCCUCAAGCGGCAGGUGAGCUCCCUGACGAUGCACCAGACCAAACUGGAGGCGGAGCUGCAGCAGAUGGAGGAGAAGUUCGAGGCGAAGAAGCAACGCAUGGUGGAGUCUAGUGAGGCCUUCCAGGAGGAGCUGAAGCGCCACUGCAAGCCCGCCGUCGAUGACGACACCUUCCAGAAGAUGGUGCACCGUAUGUACGAGGACAUCAAGCGUGAUCGUCAGCGGCUUGACGAGCCCAUCAAUACCAACAACAGCUCCUUGACGGGCCCCGUUUCUGCGCCCGGCGGUGGUGGUCCCACUGCGGUGGCCAGUAGGAACGAGGAGGCCUCCAAACAGCAGCCACCGACGCAGCCCGGCCAGCCGUCAGCAACACCGGCGCCAGCACCAGCCCAGGAGGCGCCACCGGGACCAGCUUUGACCCCAGCGAAAGAAACGUCAGUGGUCACCGUCAAGCCGCCGCAACCUAAUCAACUGCCAAUACCAGCCCCUGCGCCCCCGGUUGUGCAUGUCCAUGAAACUGCCAGCAAGACGGAUCCAGAGCCCAUGGAUAUUGAGCCACCGCCAAAGCCCUCAGUUCCUCCGCCACCCAUCAAGCCCGAGAAGCUGGAAAUGGCCGCCGCACUGCCACCACAGUCGACCGUAACGAUAGGAGAACCACCCAAGGAUGUGCUGAAGGUGUUGCCACCCAGCAAGGUGCCAACGCCGACGCCCGUGCCAACGCCCACACCACCGCCACAGCCGAUGGCUGUAAGCGAGGUAGCGGGCGCCAACCCAGGAGCACCGGGAUCUGUUCCAACAGCAGCGACGACGCCAACGCCACCGCCGAUAAGUGUACAGCAACAACAACAGGCACCUCUGCCGCCACAGCAACAGCAGCAGGCACCACAGCAGCAACAGCAAGCGGCUCCUCCUCCAGGUAUGCCGCAGAUGCAUCCACAUCCGGGCCAUCCGCCACCGGGCCAUCCGCAUAUGCCACCCCAUAUGACGCCGCAUCAGCCGCCGCCAGGAAUGCCGGGACUGCCGCCACCACCUCACACGGGUUAUGCCAACUACGGGGGACCGCCGCACGGUCCACCGCCGCCGGGCGGUCCAACACGUUCGCCCUACUAUCAGCCCCAGUACGGGGGCCAUCCCACGCCGCAGCCCUACUAUGCACCCUUCUCCCCCUAUCAGCAAUCGUACGGACCACCGCCCGGCUCCCACUACAUGUCGCCGCGUCCACCGCCACAGCACAAUGGCAAUCCGGGUCCGGGCGUGCACUAUGCACCCGAGCACGGCAAUAAUCCACCUCCGCCACCACAGCAGCAGCAGCAACAACAACAACAGCAGCAGCAGCAGCAACCGCCUCCGGGACACCUGCACGAGCCGAGUGGAGGAGCAGUUACCGGAUCCAGUGUGGGAGUGGGAGUCUAUGGCCAACAGCCGCCACCUCAGCAAACAGCGCCUCCCAGCAGCGUCGGACCAGGAGCAGGACCAGCGACACCAGGCGGACCACCACCACCAUCCGGAGCGGCAACCGGCGAGAAUGCAGCACCGACACCCGUAACAGCGGCGGCACCACCUGGCAGCAAGCACGCAGGAGAUGCGGAGAAGCAUGAGACGGCGGACUAA